UGCGAUACGGGAAAGCAAGCGCUGCACUGAAGCCGACACAAUGAGCGUCCAAGUAAAGAAAGAGAAAGCGACCAAGAAGUCGAUGGCAAAAUCAAUCGCCAAGGAGGCGUCCCCCGUCCAAGAACCUGCAGUCGUCAGCGACGACGAAGGAAAUGACGAUGAUUCUACGCUAUCAUAUGAACGUAUUGAGGUUCUUCAAGAUGCUGGAAUAAAUGCAACAGACAUUGCAAAGCUCAAAGAUGAUGGGUUUGCAACUGUGGGCCAGUUGUUUCAGGUGUCAACGAAGCGCCUUUUGCAAGUCAAGGGUGUAAGUGAAGCCAAAGCGGAAAAAUUGAUUCAAGCUGCAAGAAAGAUCAUCGGUGAAAAGAGCGGUUUUAUUGCUGCCAGUACACUCCUUAUCAACAACAAGCAAAAGUACUACAUUACAACUGGUUCAAAGCAAUUUGACAUGCUCCUUGGGGGUGGAAUUGAGACUAUGUCAGUGACAGAGGUCCACGGAGAGUUUCGAACAGGGAAGACACAAUUAUGUCACACUCUUUGUGUCACGGCACAAUUGCCCCGUUCCCAAGGCGGGGGGGCUGGAAAAGUAGCCAUUGUUGACACUGAAGGCUCUUUUCGACCACAACGUGUAGCAGAAAUUGCCAAGACACGAUACGAUUUAGAAGCAAAAGAUGUCUUGGACAACAUCAUCGUUGCUAGGGCACACAGUCACGAUGCACAAAUGGACAUGGUUUUGAAGCUCGGGGUUUUGUUUGCAGAUCCUGACCGUGGUCCAUUUCGCCUUCUCGUCAUUGACUCGAUCACCGCAUUAUUUCGAACCGAUUUUUCUGGGCGUGGAGAGCUGAGCGAACGGCAACAACGAUUGAAUGUGCACCUGCAACGACUUGUCAAACAUGCCGAGGAAUUCAACAUCGCAGUCCUUGUUGUCAACCAAGUUAUGGCUGAUCCUGGUGCAAACGCUAUGUUUGGGCCUGUAUUGAAACCUGUCGGUGGUCAUGUCAUCUCUCAUGCAUGCCACACCCGAGUUUUGAUGAAAAAAGGUCGGGGCGACAACCGAAUUUGCAAAGUCAUUGACAGCCCAUGCAUGCCAGAGGCUGAAUGCACUGUCCAGCUUGCUGCUGGUGGCAUAUGCGAUGCCGAUGAAUAGCUAGCUCAUGGUUUCUCUAUUCAAAAUGUCCACGUGAUAUCGACGACAAAAUCGGAAAAUGUCGAAAUAUUACUCAUGCAAGGGGCUAUUUUAACGAAUUCCUUGUCCUUCUCGA